AUGGCCGCAUCAGGGAUUCAGCUACCGCAGAUCCAGCUAUCAGGCACCUCUUCGAUCAGGCCUCCAACUCUAGUGCCACAGCCCAGCGGGUUUCAGAGUGCCCCAGUUUACCCUGCUGCGCUCAGGCUUUACACCGCAGCUCCUACAGCUUUUACGCUCCCAGUCACCACUACCGAGCGCCUGUCGUCGUCAGUGGCCUCGUCCGAGCAGCUUGCACCUUCUUCUACAGUGCUAGAGACGUCAGCCACAGCUACAGAGUCCGUGCCAGCUUCUUCAGUAGGUCUUGUGCUGCCAGCACAGACAGUGACAACUACUGAGCCAACCGAGCAGACCCGGAUAGCUUCUCCAGCUCCUGCAGUUUCUGAGGGUCACUCCACCUCCUCUGAGUCUACAGCCAAUGGUUUCGAUGAUGCAGCUCAGUUCUAG